GAAUGUAUAAGUAUUCACGUCGGCCAGGCUGGCGUCCAGAUUGGCAACGCCUGCUGGGAGUUGUACUGUCUAGAACAUGGCAUCCAACCCAAUGGACAAAUGGUCACAGAAAAGAAAAUAGGACAAAUUGAUGACUCGUUUGACACAUUCUUCAGUGAGACCUCUUCUGGGAAACAUGUCCCGCGGGCCGUAUUUGUUGACCUUGAGCCUACAGUCGUGGAUGAAGUCCGAACAGGAAAGUAUCGUCAACUUUUCCAUCCGGAAUACCUCUUAACCGGAAAGGAAGACGCUGCGAACAAUUAUGCGCGAGGACAUUACACUAUCGGGAAGGAGUACGCUGAUCCCGUUCUCGAUCUCGUCCGUAAGUUAGCAGACAACUGUUCCGGAUUGCAAGGAUUUCUGAUUUUCCACAGUUUUGGGGGAGGAACUGGAUCCGGCUUUGCAUCCUUGUUGAUGGAACGUCUAAGUGUCGACUACGGCAAGAAGUCGAAACUGGAGUUUGCUGUCUACCCAGCACCGCAAGUGUCGACAUCUGUUGUAGAACCCUACAACUCGAUUCUGACAACCCAUACAACAUUGGAGCACUCCGACUGUGCAUUUAUGGUCGACAACGAGGCUAUUUACGACAUAUGCAAACGUAAUCUUGACAUCGAGAGUCCAUCAUAUAUCAACCUAAACAGAAUAAUCAGUCAAAUUGUCAGCUCCAUAACGGCAUCACUACGGUUCGAUGGCGCACUGAAUGUCGACCUUAACGAAUUUCAGACCAACCUUGUCCCGUAUCCUCGUAUCCAUUUCCCCUUGGCAACGUAUGCACCGAUCAUAUCCGCAGAAAAGGCGUACAACGAGCAGUUAGGUGUAGGUGAAAUUACUUCAGCUUGUUUUGAACCCUCCAACCAAAUGGUGAAAUGUGACCCACGAAACGGAAAAUACAUGGCAGUCUGUUUACUGUAUCGAGGGGAUGUUGUACCAAAGGACGUCAACAAAGCUAUAGGAACCAUAAAAACAAAGAGAUCAAUUCAAUUUGUAGAUUGGUGUCCAACAGGUUUCAAGGUUGGAAUCAACUACCAGCCCCCGACUGUCAUCCCGGGAGGAGAUCUAGCUAAAGUCCAGAGAGCUGUAUGCAUGUUAAGCAACACCACCGCCAUCGCUGAAGCCUGGGCUCGCCUCGAUCAUAAGUUCGACCUCAUGUACAUACGACGUGCAUUCGUUCACUGGUAUGUGGGAGAGGGUAUGGAAGAGGGAGAAUUUGCUGAAGCACGAGAAGACUUGGCUGCACUGGAGAAAGAUUAUGAGGAAGUGGCAGCAUGCGACGAGGUCGAUGAGGAGGAGGAAUAUUAA